AUGAUUGCUAUGGCUAAUGUUGUUGUUGUUGUCGUCGAUGUUCUUGGGGUAGCUACUCUUCCUCUGCCUCCAUUGCCCAAAGCAAAUGCUUUCACUUUCAGCUAUAAUAUUAAGAGCCAAAGACAGAGACUUUAUCUGAAUUGCUCCCAAACCAACCAAAGAACAACCUCAUUCCCUUCUUCCUUAUCAUUUCCUCUCAGAAACAAAGGUUAUUCCUCUGUGUUGGCAUGUCUCCCUCCUCCUGCUUCUGAAUCCUCAAGUUCAUCUUCCAAUUCUAGACCCACUUCUUCUGCUCCUUCAACUAGGCUCUAUGUCAGUGGGCUAUCAUUUCGUACCACUGAAGAGAGCUUGCGAAAUGCAUUUAAAAAUUUUGGUCAACUAGUGGAAGUCAAUCUGGUGAUGGACAAAAUUGCAAAUAGACCAAGAGGGUUUGCUUUUCUUCGUUAUGCAACAGAAGAGGAAUCUCAGAAGGCUAUUGAGGGAAUGCAUGGAAAGUUCUUGGAUGGGAGGGUCAUAUUUGUGGAAGUUGCCAAACCACGUUCAGAACUAUGGCAAAGACCCAAGCAAAACACUAGACAGUAAUGAAGAUCCAAAGGGGCAUUACUUACACGUUCAUUGGUAUGCAAUAUGCAGGAUCACACUAUGGCACUGGCCUAACAGUCUGCAUUGUACUUGACACUAUAUGCAAGAUCCCUACUUGAUAAAACUUUCAUCUGAGUCCUUUCUUUUUCACCCCAUUUCCCUACUCCCACCCCAGGCUUUAGCAAUGGAACUCAUUUAAGCACUGAAACAUGACUACUAUUUCAUCAGUCUGCACAGUAAAGCAUGUAUUUGUCAAUCUUCCAUGCCAUACGUGCCUAAUAUACUCAUUUACAAUGUCAUCUAGAGUGGUUAUAUAUAAUAUGUCAAUGGCGUCUGUAUGAACACCCUUCCUCCCUUGUAUUAACUCUGAACCUACUGAAGUAAUUGUUAUCAGAAAUCAGAAUUUUGGUU